GCUGUCAUUUAUAAUUAGAAUUUCAUUUUUUCAUUGAUAAUUUUAAUCUUACCAUUUUCUUUUUAUUUCAAUGUCUUUAGAAUCUAACGUUACUUUGAUGAAUAAUAGUAUUAUUGAUCCGAAAUUUCAAUCAAUCGAACUGGCUCCAAUGAAUAUUCAUGAUGAUGUAGAGCCGAUUGUACAACCAUCAAAUCAAAAUGGAAAAGAUUCUAAUCGAAAACGUAAAGUUCGUCGGCCUCUUGCUCAACAAAAUGAUUCAUCUGUAAUGAUUUCGGGCCAAAGUCCUCAACGUUUAAUUGAAAAUGAACAAAUUCAACAGCCAACAAACGAAGCUCGAGCAUCUCGUGGCAUUGUUGAUAAUGAAAAUCUUCCACACCGAUUAUUCGAAAUUGAUGCAAAUAAUGGUAAUAAUGAUGAUAAUGACAAUGAUGAUGAUGAUGAUGAUGUUGAGCAUGAUGAAGAACUUAAAUAUGGUGCCAAACAUGUCAUCAAAUUAUUCAUACCGGUAUCAUUGUGUAUGUUAGUGGUGGUUGCUACAAUGAAUACAAUAACAUCGUAUAGAUCAACAAAUGUUUAUAUGAUUUAUACUCCAUUUACUGAUCAAAAUGUAGCACCAACAACCAAAAUAUGGCAAUCAUUUGCCAAUGCUUUCAUUCUUCUUGCAGUGAUUAUCGUAAUGACAACCGUAUUGAUUGUUUUAUAUAAAUUUCGUUGUUACAAAGUAAUUCAUGGAUGGUUGGUAAUGUCUUCAUUGAUGCUUUUGUUUCUAUUCACAUUUAUGUAUUUGAAUGAAGUUUUACGCGCUUAUAACAUUCCUGUUGAUGUUUUUACAAUAUUUUUUUUCUUAUGGAAUUUUGGUGUUGUUGGAAUGAUUUGUAUUCAUUGGAAAGGACCAUUAAUACUUCAACAAGGAUAUUUGAUUAUGAUUUCAGCAUUAAUGGCAUUGGUAUUUAUAAAAUUUUUACCAGAUUGGACAGUUUGGGUUGUACUUGGUGUUAUAUCGGUUUGGGAUUUGGUUGCUGUAUUAUGUCCAAAUGGACCAUUAAGAAUUUUAGUCGAAACUGCACAGGAACGUAAUGAAUCAAUAUUUCCUGCUUUGAUAUAUUCAUCAGCAGUUGCCUAUACGGUUGGUACGAUGGCUGAUGUUGAAAAUCAUCCACCACCACCACCACCUUCAUCACAUAAUGAUCAUCAUAGUUCUACAGCAAGAAGAAAUCAACCAUCAACAUCCGAAUCAUCACAACAAUUAAAUCAAUCAUCCACCGAACAACAAUACAAUAUUCAUAAUAAUUCAUCAAAUGGAUUUAGAAGUGAUAGUGAAGAUGAUGAAGAAGAACGUGGUGUUAAACUUGGUUUAGGUGAUUUUAUAUUCUAUUCAGUAUUGGUUGGUAAAGCAUCAUCAUAUGGUGAUUGGAAUACAACAUUAUCUUGUUUUGUUGCCAUACUUAUCGGACUUUGUUUAACAUUAUUAUUAUUGGCUAUUUUUCGUAAAGCAUUACCAGCAUUACCAAUUUCAAUAGCAUUUGGUUUGAUAUUUUAUUUUUCAACAUCAACAUUGGUACAACCAUUUUCUGAUUCACUACAAGAUUCUUUAAUUUAUAUUUGAUUAAUUUUGAUCAAUUUAUUUAGCAAAAAACAACAGAAAACAACAACAAUAAUCUUUAUUUAUCACAAACAAGUC